GUUUAAUAAUUAUAUGAAUCCUCGAAUGAUGCUUAAUAACAGGGGACAGUAAUCACAAUAGCCAAAUGGAGUUAGAAAUGAUUAUUAAAGUGUAGUUUAAGUAAAGUUUUGUAAUCAAUCUAAUUAAGGGAAUAUAAUCAUUGAUGGGAAUCUCAUUUUCAACUGUUUAAUUAUGUAUAUUUGGUUCAAUGUUAAUGGAGAAAACUAAGAAAUUGUUAGAGUUCAUUAAAUCAGGAACUGUCACUUCAAUUAAUAAACUUUUAACUUUGCUUAGAAUUAAACAAUUUUUAAAGGGAGAACUGACUAUGACAUAGAUAGGUAAAUCAGUAGUAAACACUAGUAACAAUAUUGGUAAGUAAUGGAUCAUCGCAAUUCGAUUGCUUUUAUUAGUUGGUAAUCUUAAUUUAAAUAUACAGUCAUUGUAUUGAUUGGUGCGUUGUUGGCAUACAUGAAGAAAAAAAUCAAAGAAAAAUAAUAAAGCGAAGUUACCUAAAAAUAAUCAGAUGUUGAAGAGUCAGAAUUUUAAUAACAAUUAGAUACAUAGGCUGACACAUCUCAAUUACCAAUAUAAUAGAACGAUUUCUGGAAUCAUAAUGAAGACAAUUAAUCUAAUAAAGAAUAAUAAAUUCAAUAAUAAUAAUAAUCAAAUCCUGUCCCAACAAUCAACUAUCUAAAUGAUCUCCCUGGAUUCUCCAACAUUGGUAAUUCUAGUAAACCAUGGAUGAAAUGAU